AUGGCAAGUCCUGAGGUAAACGACAGUCAGCAGCAGGCUCCUCAGAACGUGUAUCACGAUAUCGGCGUCACCAGGAAUAAGAUCGUGACGGCGCAGUUCGAGUGCUAUCAGAAGAUAAUGAAGGAUAAUUACCUGCUGAAGAAAGGUAAGGAGUUUAACAGGAAACAGUGGAGGAAGUUAUUUAGAUCUGCAGUAAAUCAUCCUUCUGUUUCUCCUACAGACGGCCAUGAAUCUGCUGUACCUGGCUCUGAUUGGCCACGGGCUCUCCCUCAUCUCCCUCUUCAUCUCCCUCGCCAUAUUCUUCCACUUCAAGAGUCUGAGCUGUCAGAGGAUCACUCUCCACAAAAACCUCUUCUUCUCCUUCGUCCUGAACUCCAUCAUCACCAUCAUCUGGCUGACGGCCGUCGCAAACAACCAGGAGUUAGUGCAGCGAAACCCCGUUUCCCAUUAAUACCAGCUACAAUACACGCUAUAGCCAGGAGCUAUUACUACAACGACAAAGAUGUGGGCGUGGCCUGUCGCUGUGCUUCAGCUGCUGUCUCUGUGUCUCUGCAGGUGAAUCUGUUCUUCCUGCUGAACAUCGUUCGGGUUCUCAUCACUAAACUGAAGGUGACGCACCAGGCCGAGUCCAGUCUCUACAUGAAGGCGGUGAGAGCCACCCUCAUCCUGGUCCCGCUGCUCGGCAUCCAGUACGUCCUGCUGCCGUAUAAACCGGGCGGACGCGUCUCCUCCGAGAUCUACGAUUACGUCAUGAACAUCCUCAUGCACUACCAG